CUUUCUCUAUUUCUCUCUCUCGCUCUCUCUCCCCUCUCUGCACCUUUGCUCUUUCUGUUCUCUUUUUCCUGUAAUGAUACGCCACACUGAAGCUACCUUGCCCCAGUCUUCAUAUUUUGUAGCAACUAAGAUACCCUUCUGUUCAUUAUUUUCCUUACAGUGGCGGUCCAGACUAAUAUGGUGCCUCCAAAGAAGGACGAUGCUGCCGUGGUUCAGUCCUCCCUGGUCCAUGCCAGUGUAUCAGCCAUGCAGAACCCCAUGGGCUGUGAGGUCAAGUUUAACGGGCAUUGCCCCCUGCCCAGGCUCUCCAUCUCCUCGCGCUCCGCCAGCGUCGUGGCCAGUCUGGACGCCAGUCUGGACAUCUCAGCCCUGCAUUCAGUGAUGAAGUGCAAGACGGUUGUGGCUGUGUUCGUGGUGGUGGUGUUCUUCCUCAUCGGUGGAGGGCUAGUGUUCCAGGCUCUCGAGAGGCCCUUUGAGACCAACCAGAAGGACACCAUCACGCUGAAGAAGGCCAUGUUCCUGCAGAAUCAUGCAUGUGUCUCGCCAGCCGAGCUGGAGGACCUGAUCAAGCAUGCCAUAGAGGCAGUCAGUGCCGGGGUGAGUCCAAUCGGAGACACGUCCCACAACUCCAGUCACUGGGACCUGGGCAGCUCCUUCUUCUUUGCGGGGACCGUGAUCACAACAAUAGGCUAUGGAAACAUUGCACCCAGCACUGAAGGUGGCAAGAUCUUCUGCAUCUGUUAUGCCAUAUUCGGCAUCCCCCUUUUUGGGUUUCUCCUCGCUGGAAUCGGUGAUCAGCUUGGAACAAUUUUUGUGAAAUGCAUCUUGAGGGUGGAGAGAAUGUUUAGGCAGAAACACAGGCACAUCAGCCAGACAAAGAUCCGAGUGACCUCCACCAUACUCUUCAUCCUAGCGGGGUGCUUAGUCUUCGUCACUCUCCCGGCGGUCAUCUUCAAAAACAUUGAAUGCUGGACUGCACUGGAAGCCAUUUACUUUGUAGUCAUCACCCUCACAACAGUUGGGAUAGGGGAUUAUGUGGCAGGUGGUGACCGCAACAUCAGUUACGGGCAGUGGUACAAGCCAAUGGUGUGGUUCUGGAUCUUAGUGGGGCUGGCCUACUUCGCAGCAGUGCUGAGCAUGAUUGGAGACUGGCUACGAGUUCUUUCCAAGAAGACAAAGGAAGAGGUUGGGGAGUUCAAGGCCCAUGCUGCCGAGUGGAAGGCCAACGUGCGGGCGGAGUUCCGCGAGACGCGGCGGCGCCUGAGUGUGGAGGUCCACGACAAGCUGCAGCGCGCCGCCACCAUCCGCAGCAUGGAGCGCCGGCGCCUGGGCUUGGACCAGCGCGCCCUCUCGCUGGACAUGCUUUCGCCCGAAAAGCGCGCCGUCUUCGCCAGCCUGGACACGGGUGGCUUCAAGACCGCCUCGCAGGAGAGCAUCGACUCCAAGCUCAACAGCCUGCAGGGGCUGAAGGCGGGGGGCGUGUACCACGUGGCGUCCGGCGCCCCGCAGGCCUCGUCCGAGGACAACCUCUUCAACCGCUUCGGCUCGCUCACCAAGCUGGCCAAGCGCAGCAGGAACCGCGAGCUGCGGAGCAACAUACCGGAGGAGGUGCGGCGAGCCUGCGAGAGGCUCAGCACCAGCAGCACUACGCUGGGGGAGAAUGAGGUGGAUGAACAGGAGGAGGAAAUGCUGGCAGAGGCGGAGGCAGAUGAGAUGGAGGUGGAGGCUGAGGAGAUGGAGGUAGAGGCCGAGGAGGUGGAGGCGGAGACCGAGGAGAUGGUGGCGGAGGAGGAGACGGCAGACAAGGAGGGCAACACAAGCCUGACUGACCUUCCCCUGUAUGACGACGGGCCUAAGGUGCAGAACGGUUUUGUGCCUUCUCAGGCCAAAGAGAGGGAGCUGGACAAAAUACUGGAGGGGAAAGAACAUCAGCCAUAGGCAUGUCUGAGAGAUGAAACUGUGAAGGGGUUUCUGGCAGAGGAGAUCCAACAUGUCUCAAAAUGUGCCUUUCUGUUUUGUACAUCAUUACUUUGGACGUACAUUGACUGGACAACCGUGAACUAUGAAUUAGGUCAGUCACACCCACGUCUCUCCGUUUCAAUUGCUGCACAAUUGGAAAAGGUCAUCAGACACUUUGCAGUGAAAACUUUCUUAUCUCUCCUUUUUAGGACAACUUCAGAGAGACUUGUGGUUCUCCUGAGAAUGACCUGGCAUCACAUGAUCAAUAACCGACAAGCCUUUACAAUACAUACAAAGCUAUGGAAGAUGACUGCUUGUGCUUUUACCUUAUGGCAUGCUGCAUGAGCAAGUCAUCAAUAGUCAACUCAAUAUCUGUGAAUGCAACAUCUGGUAUUCAGUCAGUGAAUACAAUGUGUUUUACUGUACUCGUAAUGCAUUUGAUAACAAUAUCUUAGAUUUAUACAACUCUUGAUUGGAAACCAAGCCAUUUAGAGGGUGUCCAGACAAUAUCUGAAGGAGGAACUGAUGGAGGAUGGAAUUUCACCCUUCAAAGCUGGAAUUUUCAACAGUUAUCAAUGAGAGAUCAAACCUCAUCGCACUUAAUCGGAUCUUUCUAUAUAGUCCACUCCUUUUUCUAAUACUGGUCUGUGGAAGUGGUCAACUUCUUUCCCUGUGUUAGAGGAGUGGUUGUUCUUUCUAGAUAAAUACUAAUAUAAUAAUAAUAAUAAUAAUAAUAAUAUAACUAACUACUAACAAGGUGGCUAGCAGGUAAAUAACUGACAGCCAGUAUUCUGAAUGCUGACAUUCUAAAUGUCUUCUCCUAUUUCAAGUAAUUCACAGAAUCAAUUCAAUGACAAAUCUUUUUGGUUUCUAAAAUAUACUUUGACAGUUCAAAAAUACGAUCAUCUGAAUAUGCUAUUCAGUAAAACAGCUGAUGAAUAUUAGCAAAGAUGAGCAAGAGUGUAAACGAUUUAAACUAAAAUAAACAAUCACUGCAUGCAUUUUUGGUAGACUAAUCGGGCAUAGAGUUGAUGGACUUUGACUAGCUCUGAAAAACGGAUGGAUAAGCCACAACCUUGGGUCAUUGUGUUUUCGGGCAUUACAUGAGUUGUAAUGAGUGCCUUUUGGAAAAUAAAGCAAAAUCAACAAACAUGAAA